AUAAUAAAAACCUUAAAGUAAUGGAGCGCAGAGCUGGUGAGAUGAUUGAGAAAUUUGCAGAUGAAAAUAUGAGGAAUGAAAGUCAGAAAGCAUUCAGAGAGGAAAUGAGAGAAGUUGCAGCACAGGAGAUGAGUUCAAAUGCAGAUUCCUAUGAUAAAGAACUUGGUGUCGCAAUAAUUGAAGAUGAAUUUGAAGGAGAUCCAUCACUCAUUGAAAAAUGCAAUUUUGGAGCAUUUGAUUUACUGGCGGAGAGUAAUAGUUCAUCCCCUCAACUUCCUGCCAAACCAAUGCCAGUAGUGAAAAAAGUUGAUGUUGACAGAACUGUAUCCACGAAAACAAAAAAGAAAAUUAUAUUCCCUUCAAAGACUCGAUCAGGAAUGACAGUAGCAGCUGAUCAUGCUUGGCAAAAGAGAAGUUAUGACAGCUUAACAGGACAUACUUACCUGAUAAGUAAAAGGAACAAAGUAUUAAAGACAGUUAUCAAGCAUCGAUCAUGUGCAACAUGCAAAUGGUGGAAAAGAAAUAGGCCAGGUCAGAGAAUGAGGUCUCACAGAUGUGUUUGGAACCACCGAGGCAGUGCUAAGAUGAUGGAGAGUGAGGCUGGACUGCUUGCACUGAAAGAAAUGACCAGUCAAGGUACACCAGUUGAGAUUAUUGAAGGUGAUGGGGAUAACACUCUUAUCGCCCGUCUAAAGAGUCAGUGUGAAAUAGGACUUUCUGUAAAUGAUGAAGAUAUAGAAAGUAUCCCUGAGCCUGUACCAAAACCCAGCUUUUGCUCUUCCACAAAAUUGAAGCACUGCCCUUCACCAAAUGUUGUCAUUUUAGAUCUGGAAACCACUGGCCUGAUUCAGCAUGGCAUUAUGCCCCACAUCACCCAGAUUGCUGCUGUAAAUAGGAAUACAAAGGAGCAGUUCUCCAGAUAUGUGGCUCCAGACCUGCCCAUUACACCAAUGGCGGAAAAGGUCACUAACAUAACCUGGAGUGGUGGAGUUCUAUGUUACCAUGGUGAGCCAGUUGAUUUUGUGAGAAUAAAGUCGGCACUGGAGGAUUUCUUGGAGUGGUUAGAGAAAUUCCCCAGCAUACUAAUGGUGGCACACAAUGGCCGAACAUUUGAUUUUCGAGUAUUAUGCAAAGCAUUUCAUAGAUGUGGUUUACAAGAGAGAUUUUGCUCUAAAGUUGCAGCAUGUUGUGACUCACUUACUCUUUUCAGACAAAAGUACCCAAAACUUGAUAAGUAUAAGCAAGAGUUUCUGGCACAGUAUUUUUGUGGUCAUGCUUACAAUGCCCAUAAUGCUCUUGAUGAUGUUGCAAUGCUAGAUGAAAUUAUUGAAGCUGGACUUGUCUCUGUUUCAGACUUUAUAAAACAUUCGUAUGAUACAGAAUGCCAAUUUAUUCAAGAAGAAUUUAAUUUCUGUAAAUCAAAAAAUGUUGCUUCGCUUCGUCCUCUUAUUGGUGAAAAAAUAAUGAAGUCAUGCACGGUAGAAAAUAUUGCUGGAUCUGGACUGAAUCUGGGACACUUGAGACUGAUAUUCAAGAGAAGUGGUGAAGAUGGACUGGUUAAUGUGUUUUCCAUGAAAAAUAGCUUAGGGAAACCAAGAGUCACAUCAGAUAAAAAAGUGUUAGGAGAAUGUAUUCCAAAACUAUGUGCAUAUUUUAGCAAAUGA